GUAAAUACAGAGACUCGCGGCCCUGUCGGUCUUUUUCUCCCCCGUGCGGAUAGGACAGCACGCACUCUCUCUCCGUCUCUGGAAGAUAUAACAUCUCAGCGUCAAAAUGAUCAUCUACAAGGACGUCAUCACCGGAGACGAGAUGUUAACGGACUGCUACAAAAUGACCAACAGUAAAUGCGGGCUCUUCUACGAAGUUGAAGGAAAGACUACCAUCAGGAGUGACACCUUUGAUGAUUCUUUAAUCGGGGCUAACGCGUCUGCUGAAGAGGCGACUGAGUCAAACGACCCUGGCUCUGUGUCUGGCUGCGACAUUGUCCUCAACCACAACCUCCAGGAGACUAGUUUCAACAAGAAGACAUAUGGUCUUCACCUCAAAGACUACGUGAAGGCGGUUAAGUUGCACCUGGAACAGACAAAACCGGAGAGAGUGGAGAGUUUCAUGGCGAGUUGCAAGAAGGAAGUGAAGUGUAUUCUUGACAAUAUCGGUGACUUCCAGUUCUUCACAGGACCCUCCAUGAACCCUGAUGGGAUGGUUGCACUGCUGAACUACCGCGAGGAUGGUUCCACGCCAUACAUGCUUUUCUUCAAAGAUGGUCUGGAAGAGGAGAAAUGUUAACAACCUGAAACAACAACUGCUGCUUUCCACAUGGCCCAACGAACAGACUGAUGGAGCACUAUUUUACAUCAUGCCUAAACCGAAUUAUUCUUGUAAAUUGAUUAAAACAACAUUCUCGUUAUAGCCCACUGCCCCACUACCAAUUAUAGGACAUCAAAUGUGAUUGGUCACUUAUGGUUUACAUUUCCUUUUGGCUUCUGCAGUUUGAUUUUUGAUGAAGGAUUGGCAAUGUUUUUUGAUGUGAAAAUUCAAAAAAGAAACCCAAAGCUCCAGCUACAAGAAGUACAUUUCUUUCCCCCAACAAUUUUAGUCCAUGGUUUAAACAGGUUGACUUCCACAGACCUCUUUUGUUUUUAUUGUUGCAUUGAGCAAAAAUUCCAUCUACAAUGAAAAGGUGUGUUGAAUUUGAAAAUAAAAUCCAAUGUCCCCACCUCA